AUGUAUACACAACCGCCACCGUCAAAUUCCCAGCAAACCACACAGCGUCCUAGUAUCAGUCCUCCACAACCACAGCAGCGGCCUAUGGGACCUAAUGUUGGAGUUGCAGCAUCGCAGGCCCAACAAAACUUUUCUGGAUAUCGGCCAGUCGGGCCUAACAUGCGCCCACCGCCACAAGUAGUUGCCGGGAUCCCUCCAAAUACGAGACCGCCAAAUGUCACUGGUGGGCGUCCUCCCACAAAUUUCGUUCCCCAGGGUUUUCCAGGAUCACCCGCUCAAGCUACUGUGAAUUCUGAUUUCACACUUAUUCAUAUGAAUUCAGGAAUUAGACCCACUAUACCUGUGCAGGGUCCAACAACAGGGAUUCCACCUGGACCACGACUACCAAUGGCACCACCUUCGGUUGGUCCCGGAUAUCAACAAACAUCUCAAUAUACUCAGCCUCCGUCAGGAAAUGAAGGAAUUGAUAAUAUUUUACCGCAUAUAAGUAAUGUUAGAAUAAGCCAAGAUCCUACUGCCCAGAAUCAAUCUUCUCAGAUCGAUCAGAAAGCCAGAUCUUCAAAAUCAAACCGUCCUGCGCGUUUAUAUCAUCACGAUUCAACAAACAAUGCGCCACAGACGGGACAAGCACCAACGCAACCCAUGUAUGCUUCAAUGGUUCCACAGUCUACUCCCACUGGACAAGGAAUAAAUCAAUCUCAGUAUCCGCAACCUCCACAGCUUCCCGUUCCUCAACAACCGCUAGCACCCCAGUAUACGCAACCUCCACAGCUCCCCGUUCCUCAACAGCCGCCAGCACCCCAGUAUACGCAACCUCCACAGCUCCCCGUUCCUCAACAACCGCCAGCAAUGGUACGCCCUAACGCCCCCAGGUCUCGCAUUGACCCUAAUCAAAUUCCAUCACCGGUAGUUGUUCAAGAACAGGAUCAAAAUUUAUUUGACGAGCAACCGUAUAUGACUUGUUCUAAAUCAACAAUACCGCUCGCGAGUACUAAUUUUAGAGCCAUUGAUGAAGGCAAUUCCAAUCCUAGAUUUAUUAGAUUGACUCUAUAUUCUAUACCACAUACUGAAGAGCUUCUUCAAACAUCCCAUUUACCUCUGGGUGUUAUAUUACAACCUUUGGCCAAGUUGAGAGACGAUGAGGCUCCAAUUGAGCUUGUCGAUUUUCAAGACAAUGGGCCGGUUCGUUGUAGACGGUGUAAAGCAUAUAUAAAUCCCUACGUAAUUUUUGUGGAAGGCGGACAAAAAUUUAUAUGCAACAUGUGUUUAUUUUCUAAUGAAGUUCCUCCGGAAUACUUCUGCAACUUGGACAUGAAUGGAAGACGUGCGGAUGUAGAUCAAAGACCAGAGCUAAAAUACGGGACUGUGGAAUUUACGGCACCACAAGAAUAUUGGGCUCGACCACCUUCUCCUUUAUCAUAUAUUUUUGCAAUUGAUGUUUCCUGGAAUGCCAUCAAAAGUGGAAUGCUUGCAAAAUGUGUUGAAACCAUUAGAGAUAUUUUAUAUAAUUCUCCGAAUAGUAUUCCACCUGGAGGGAAAAUUGGCAUCAUUACUUUCGACAAAGAUGUUCAUUUUUAUAAUUUGCAGCCGCAGUUAGAACAGGCACAAAUGUUGGUCGUAUCUGAUGUUAAUGAUGUCUUUGUUCCGCUUAAUUCGGGGCUUUUGGUUGAUCCAAAGCAAUCCAGAGUCGUAAUUGAAGGUCUCCUAGAAUCUUUACCAGCAAUGUUUGCUGAAAACAAAAUUAUAGAACCUGUAUUAGGUGCUGUAAUUAAAGCAGUUCAUAUGGCUUUGGAUGGAACUGGUGGUAAACUCUUAAUAUUUCAAACAGCUCUGCCAACAUUUGGACCAGGGGCUAUCAGACACCGUGAAGAUUCAAAGCUUUAUAAUACUGAUAAAGAAAGGACACUAUUUGGUCCACAAGAUAAUUAUUAUAAGACAUUAGCAGUCAAUUGUGUUGAUUCUGGAAUUUGUAUCGAUUUAUUCUUAUUUCCCAACACGUAUGUCGAUGUUGCAACUAUAGGAUUGCUAUCGUGUUUAACUGGAGGUGAGACUUACUUUUAUCCCAACUUUGAUGCUCAAAGAGAUGGAGAAAAAUUCGUUCAUGAGUUGAAACAGAAUUUCUCCAGAGAAUUCGGGUACAACGCGCUCAUGAGAAUUCGAUGUUCUAAUGGUCUUAAAGUUGCUGAUCAUUUCGGCAAUUUCAAUAUGCGAAAUGCGACCGAUAUUGAACUUGCAGGCAUUGAUAGUGACAAAGCAUUUGGUGCUUUGCUUAAAUAUGACGGCAAACUAGACGAAAAAACGGACGCAUAUAUUCAAUGUGCCCUUUUAUACACGACAUCAACGGGACAACGUCGAGUACGGACUCACAACUUAAGUGUUACUGUAACACAACUUCUCGGCAAUGUUUUUAGACAUGCUGAAAUGGAUACUACGGUGAACUUCUUAGCGAAGCAAGCGGUAUCAAACACAAUAACUAAGUCUUUACGUGAUAUACGUGAUCAGCUGACAGACAAAUGUGUGAAAAUACUAAUGUCUUAUAGAAGACACUGUGCGUCUUCAAGCUCGCCUGGACAGUUGAUCCUACCUGAGGCAUUCAAAUUAUUUCCCCUAUACGCUUUAACGAUGCUGAAAUCCAAAGCUCUUCGGGGCGGUGCUAAUCUUACAAGUGAUGUCCGAGUGCAUUGCAUGCGUUUAAUAAAGAGUAUUGGCGUAUCGGAAAGUAUCGCUAUAUUUUAUCCGCGACUUUUUCCUGUCCAUAAUCUUUCUGAUCAGGUUGGAUAUCCGGAUCAACGUGGUAUAAUCAAAUUACCUCCGUUAAUGCGUGUGUCAUAUGCGAGAUUUGAAGAGAGUGGAGCUUACCUGUUAGAAAAUGGUCAGGUGCUGAUGUUUUGGUUAGGUAGACAAGUAUCACAAGAUUUUAUACGUAAUGUUUUUGGAGUUGAAUCUAUCGAACUUAUUGAUCCAAAAAUUUGCGUCCUUCCUGUUUUCGAAAAUCAGACAUCGGCACAAAUACGUUCUAUCAUAGCACAUUUACAGUCACAAAGGUCAAAAGAUUUGCGUUUAACGAUUGUAAGAACGCAAAUAGAUCCUUCAGAACUUGAAUUUAACAGCUUGCUUGUUGAAGAUGAGAACAACGGUGCUAUGUCAUAUGUUGAUUAUUUGUGCUACAUUCACAAGCAGAUUCAAACAGAA